UUGAAUAAUACUAUUGCAUUUGGAAAAUGCAGAGGCUUAAAUUGUGGGAAAUAUAAUGUGCUCAACAAGGCAAACCACCCGGCGUAACAGACAACGUACUGUCUGACACUCCCACCACGUAACAAAAACAUUCUACUCUGGUGAGGCGACUGUGGCUAAGUGGCGUCCUUCAAUCAGAGGAUCGACAGUUCCAUCCCCGGCUCCGCUAGUCGCAUAUCUAUGUGUCCUUGACCAAGACACUUAACCCCAAAUUUGCUCCCGUAGCCUACGGUGUAGAAAUGUAAAUCGCUUUCUGCUUUCUAUGUCUGCUAAAUUACUGUAAUGUAAUGUAAUGUGAGGGGAAAGGCGCGCUAUGCUAAACUAGCUUAGCAACAGCAGCACACACACUACAAACUAUCCCGAAGCGUUUAGGUAGCUAUUCCCUACUGAUUCACACAGGGCAAAAGGUAUAUUUAUAGCCGCGGAUGUCAGACCCUACUUCUACACGAGCCCAUUUCGCCAGACCAUAAUUCCUACUUUAUAAAAGAAAACAAAAGCCCAAACAGAGAAUUAAAUGUAGUGGCUCCCGCUGUUGCUCUGACAACAGACGGCCGGACGUCACAGACUACACAAAGCUACCUGACUGUAACGAAACAUUAGCUCACUACUGAAUGGAGAUGAAGAGCCAUGUUCUUCAGACACAAAGCUACCUGACUGUAACAACACAUUACCUCACUACUGAAUGGAGAUGAAGACCCAUGUUCUUCAGACACAAAGCUGCGUGACUGUAACAACACAUUACCUCACUACUGAAUGGAGAUGUAGAGCCAUGUUCUUCAGACACGCCCCCUUGAGAGUCUCACCAUCCAGGAUUUGGCAUUUCUGCGUCGUAUUGAACCGAACCGAGAAUUUUGUGAACCGUUACACCCCAAUUAUAUCAAGUACUAUUUUUCUCUAAGAUGUAUCCCCAUGGAGUAGAAGUAUAAAGUAGCUGCUACCUCAAAUGUGUUGUCAAGUACAGUACUUGAGUGAGUGUAUUUAGUUACAUUGCAGCUGAUUUUUGGAUGUACAUCAUAACCCUCCGCUGCUUGCUGUGUGGGAUGAGGCCGAUGUGUUCACCUCUCUGUGUUCACCUUGGGCUCGUCUUGAACACAGAUAGUGAUCGCGUGAAGGCCAGCAGACGGAUGCUGAGAUGAAGGGAGCGUCAGAGGCCUGUGUGUCGGGAGGCACAGCAGCUGCUGCUGCGGCUUUAAGCCCGUUUGGGAUGGGCUCAAUUCAUAACGUCAUUUCACCUUCUUUUAUUCUUCGCCCCCUCAUCUCCUUCCCUCUCGAAAUGACGCCGUCCCCCGUUCUCUCCACAGAAUGACUAUUCCGAACUUUUUCGGUGUUUUUCUCCCGGCGGAGCAUUUUUCCGGAGACUCAACUUUUCUGGCGUGUCAUCAUUUCUGGAGUUAACGCGGCAGAGUCAUCCGAGGCGACCGGGGCUCUCAUAUUUGGAUCGUUCAAAACCCAGCGGAGCAGUCCAGGAAAUGCAGCGUUUUCUCUAACCCGGAGGUACAGCUGCCGAACCGACUCAGCGGGAAGAGCACGUAGGAAUGUGCAGGAACUAACGGCGAGCCUCGGGAUGUUUCCGUUAACGGAAAGCCUGGUGCGAUUGUGAUUCAUCAACAUCAUGUUUUCUCCUCUCGCUGUGGCUCAGGUGAUCUGAGGGUCUUGAUGCUCGGUCCUGAAGCUCCCGUCUGAUGAGGUUUACCUGAACCCAGCAGACUCUCCACACAGUAUGAGAAACCACCACUGACCUGAGAGCUCCAUCAGCAUCUGACACAACUUCAGUCUACAAGAAACCCUUUACUGAUGGAGCGCAUGAUCUGGACAGUUUACAUACAAGUUAUGGCUUUGCUACUUUUUGCAUUAUUGUUACCCAAUAUAUAUUUUAAUGUCAGUUUAUGAAUAAAGAGCUUUAUUUUUAAGGAGGGUUUGUUGUCAUUUUUAAAUUUACAAUUAACAAUCUUGUGGUAUUAGACAAAUAUAACAUGUUCAUUCACAAAGGUUUUAUGUAAUAACACUAUUUAAACAGGUGAUAUGAAAAAAAAACAUUUAUCUGUUUCAGUCAAACUUUAUUUGAGUAGACAUGACAAUAUGAAUUAUACAAUAUGAUCUACAGUACUUGGAAGUCUUUCAAACAAGCUGAAGCUUUGCCAAUUUCACAGCAUAAAUAUGGCAAUAACUGUCUAACAAGAAAAAACGUUUGUAUAAGAUUAUCAAUUCCACCUUCAAUUCUGUUGACAUGCUGCCUCAGGUGUAACUGGUCUGACAUUAUAUAGUCAUGGUAACAUAGGCACAGCUCCUACACUAAUCAAUAUACCAUCAAUAUGAUCACUUUUGUAUGUUUAUCAAGUGUCAUUUUACCAGAAAUAAUCACCUAACUACUGUUUCAGAUCUAUUUUCCACCGUAACAUGUUAGCUCUGUAUCUCACAUGGAUGUAUAAAGAUACAGUAUCUCCUCACAUCAAAUACUUUUUUCUUCACUGGGCUCUGUCGAUCAUUUCUCACAAAUAUACAGUGAAGGAAAUCAUUAUUUGAUCCCUUGCCGAUUUUGUAAGUUUGCCCACCUAUAAAGAAAUGAACGGUCUAUAAUUGUAAUGGUAGGUUUAUUUUAACAGUGAGAGACAGAAUAUUAAAAGAAAAUCCAGAAAAUCACAUCAUAAAAGUUAUAAAUUGAUUUGCAUUUGAUUGUGUGAAAUAAGUAUUUGAUCCCCUAGCAAAACAUGACUCAGUACUUGAUGGAGAAACCGUUGUUGGCAUGCAGAGGUCACACGUUUCUUGUAGUUGGUCACCACGCAUCUCAGGAGGGAUUUUGGUCCACUCCUCCUGCAGAUCCUCUCCAAAUCCUUAAGGUUUCGAUAAUACUUGUGAUCUCUUUUGAAUGAAAAGAUUAUUAAUGCAACUCCAUUGCAUAAAGUUAUUUAUAAACAUCUUGAAAUUUAUGCCUGGCAAGCUUUACUACUUUAUCCACACGUUAAUUGAUGCUUUAGGCAACAAUAAUGGCAAUAAAUAAAAUAAAUUUGAUCAAUUAGAAGUUUUGUUAAUGUACAAUGUUAAAAUGUCUAGAUUGUUAAAAAACAUGUCAGUCCACCAUGAAGGCAGAUGACUGCUGGAGUUUGCAUAAUUAUUUUGCGUAAUCUUUACAAAAAUCUGAUACAUCACCAUAUUUGGAAAUUCCACGUGUAGUGUUUAGUUUUCAUACAUGUCCAAAAAAUGUUUUCCCAUAUGUAUGUAGAUUUCACAAAUGAUGAUUGACUAUGCAGCUCAGAAUCGUACACCACACCAGCCGUAACUUUUUCACUCAGCCUCUCCAACCUGCCCAUUGGGAGAAUCGUGAACACACCAUGGUUCAAAGAAUCAGAGCAAGGAUUAUGAGCACACAGCUAAUGCCUUUGCUAUAUGUAAUGUUAUACAAUGAUAGGACAAUAUAAGCUAUUUCUGUACAUCUUCUGGACAUUUUAUUUGAGUAGCCAUCUAUAGAUAAAGUAAAAAAGAACCAGAUCAGAGUAUCUUUUUUUGGUUAUCCCACUUGACUAACCACAAACAGACUUAAAUACUGAUUGAGGUCCACCAGCUUAUUCUGAAGCUUCCAACAGCAUCUCAUGAUCAUGGAACAAUGGUUGUUCAAACUUUCCAUCAUUCAUCUAUUAUAUUUUAUGAUCAUAAAGUGCUCAAACUAAUGGACAAUUUAAACAUCUACAGUUUUAUGACAACUGAUCACCACAGAAUGCGUCAUAUGGUCGCAAACUCUGGAACAAGAAAGUAAAUGAACUUUGAGUUUAGAUUGUUUUGUCAGAAAGCACAGCCAGAGUUCAGGAGGAUCAAACCGCUAUCCCAACGGCCCGCUUUCCUCCUGAGCCACAAAGAGCGAGUGAAACAUAUAUUGAUUACCACCGAAGUAUAUCUGCUUUGUUAGAUGCAUGACUUAAAGCUGAAACAUGUCUGUAUACUCCUGGGAAAAUAGAGCCCCUGCCUCAUGUGGGAUCUGAGGACAUUGUGGUAAAAGGUUUGUGUAUAAUUGUGUGUGUAUUUACGUUCAUGUCUAUCUGCCAUGUAGGAUGAGUUCCAUCCGUUCAUUGAGGCUCUGCUGCCCCAGGUCCGUGCCUUUGCCUACACAUGGUUCAACCUCCAGGCCAGGAAAAGGAAGUACUUCAAAAAACAUGAAAAAAGGAUGACCAAAGACGAAGAGAGAGCUGUCAAAGAUGAACUGCUGGGGGAGAAGGCAGAGGUGAAACAGAAGUGGGCCAGCCGUCUUUUGGCCAAGCUAAGAAAGGACAUUAGACCUGAAUGCAGAGAAGACUUUGUCUUGUCAAUCACUGGGAAGAAAGCUGCGUGUUGCGUCCUGUCAAACCCUGACCAGAAAGGCAAAAUGAGACGCAUAGACUGUCUUCGACAAGCUGACAAGGUGUGGAGGUUAGACCUGGUGAUGGUCAUCCUGUUUAAAGGAAUCCCAUUGGAAAGCACAGAUGGAGAGCGGCUGGUCAAGGGAGGCCAGUGCUCUAAUCCAGUCCUCUGUGUCCAGCCUAAACAUAUCUCUGUCUCUGUCAAAGAGCUUGACCUCUACCUCGCUUACUAUGUGCAAGAGAGAGAGGCAGAGCAGAGCAGCAGUCCCAGUCGUACAGGAGUGGGUUCUGACCAGGAGGACAGUCGAACCGCCACCAUGGAUGGUCCAGAGUUCCAGGAGAGUUUUCUGACAUCAGGCGUUUUCAGUGUCACUGAGCUGGUCCAGGUUUCAAGAACUCCAGUAGUCACAGGAGUAGGACCUAGUUUCUCUAUGGGAGAGCUCCAGGGUCAUCUGGCCUACGACCUCAACCAGCCAGUCAGCCUGAGACGAUCACUGGCCAGCACCUCAUCCAGCGGGUAAUCACACACACACACACACACUGACUAACUUUUAUUAAUCCUUACCGUCAGAACAUCAGGGAAUACAUAAGCAGCUUUAACAAUUAUUGAUGUCAUCCCUUACCAUGACUUUAAACUAAGCUUAGUUAGACCCAAGUUAAGACCCUCAAACAGCCUUUGAAGAAAGUUAGACUAGCCAAAAUGUCCUCAUCUGGCUCCCUCUGUUGGUCAUAUUAGAAGGCCCACCCUCAACCA